AGGCCUUUGGGGGACCCGGUGGCAGGAGCAGUGCCAGAGGAUGAAGGAGGCAGAGUUGGAUGGAGAUGUGGCUCGAUUCUGCAAAGACAACCAGUAUGUCUCCCUACAGCCCGGAGGACGGGACCCUAUACCAACUGUUCCUGUGGCUUCCAGGAUGCUGAGGCUUGUCCAGGCCUUCUUGACACUCAUGGCUGUGUUCUUCUCUCUCCUGGCUCUUUUUCUGGUGGGUUUACAGACUUGGAGACCCAAGCAGAAUGAAGAUCCUUCCUUCCAAGCCUGGUCUCUGAGAAGCAACUCUACUAUACAGAAGCCUGACAAUCAUCCCCACUCUGGCAGCGUGGCAGAAAAGCAAGAGGCUACCCAGAGGGUUAGGGGCUAUGUUGAGAAUUCUAACACUUGGUACGAGGAGAUACAGAUGCUGAAGAACCGAGUGGAGAACGUUAGUUCUCAGGUCCAGCUGCUUGGGGACCACCUGGAGGAUGCCAGUGCUGACAUCCAGCAGGCAAAAGGUCUGCUGAAGGACUCAGGUUCCUUGGCUUUGGAGACCCAGGCACUGAGAAUCUCCUUGGAGUCGGCCAGUGCUGAUAUCCACAGUCUGAGAGGAGGUUUGGAAAAGGCAAAUGCUAUGACUUCCCAGACCCAAGGUCUCUUAAAGAGCAGCACAGAAAACACCAGUGCUGAUCUCCACAUCCUGGGCAGAGGCCUGGAGGAAGCCCAGACUGAGAUCCAGGCAUUGAGGAGAAGUCUGCAGAGUUCCAAUGACCUCAGCUCCCAGACCCAGAGCUUUCUCCAGCGCAGUGUGGACAACACUAGUGCUGAGAUCCAGGCCAUGAGAGAUCAUCUGGAGAGGGCUGGUGAUGAAAUGAGUUCAUUAAGGAAAGACCUGCAAACAGUCACUGCCCAGACACAAAAGGCGAACGGCCACCUGGAGCAGACGGAUGCCCAGAUUCAGGUGUUAAAAGCUGAGCUGAAAAGCACCAGCUCCUUUACCUCCCACAUCGAGGCCUUCAGUGAUCAGCUGAAGGAGUUACAGACCCUGAGAGGAGGCCUGGCGGAUGUCGCGGCUCUGAAAUCCAAGAUCCAGAUGCUACAGAGCAGUCUGCAGAAGGCCAAGGAGGACUUGCAGAGUUUGAAAACAGAUCUGGAGGCUACCAAAACUCUCACUGCCAAGAUACAGGGGGAACAGAGUCGCCUUAGAGCCCUGCAGGAAGCUGUGGGUUCACAGGAGCAGAGAACACAGAGUCAGCUUCUCCAGCUGAUCCUGCAGGGCUGGAUGGUCUUCCGUGGAAGCUUGUAUUACUUUUCUCAUGAGAAGAAGUCGUGGCAUGAGGCGGAGAAUUUCUGCAAGUCCCAAGGAGCGCACCUGGCAUCAGUGACUUCUCAGGAAGAGAAGGAAUUCCUGGCAAAGUUCACAAGUAACGAGUACCAUUGGAUCGGACUCACUGACCAUGGCAUUGAGGGCGACUGGCGUUGGGUGGAUGGAACAUCGUUUAACCAAUACCAGAGCAAUGGGUUUUGGGGAAAAAAUCAGCCUGACAACUGGAGACAUCCGAAUGGGGAGGUUGAAGACUGCGUCCACAUGAGGCAAAUGUGGAAUGACAUGAUCUGUGGGGCUGCCUACCCCUGGGUGUGCGAGAAGUCCACAGGUCAGGCUGUGGCCUGAAUGGGCCAGAGCAGAGUCUUUCCUUCUCGAGACUCCCAGAGCCCUGGACUCACUGCAGAGCUCCUCGGGUCCUGUGCUGUCGCGUUGUUUAAUCAUGCGAAACACGCUUGCCUCCUAUGGCCCCUUCAGCGAGAUGACUUCUUAAAGAUAAGCCCUGCAUGCUUGUGUCCCCUCAGUAUCCCAACAUGCCUGCCAAACCAGGUCUUCAAUAAAC